AUGCAAUCUAUAAAAUGUGUCGUUGUUGGCGAUGGCGCCGUUGGUAAAACUUGCUUGCUGAUUAGCUAUACAACCAACGCAUUUCCCGGAGAGUAUAUUCCUACUGUGUUUGACAACUACUCUGCGAAUGUCAUGGUUGAUGGCAAGCCAAUUAAUUUGGGCUUAUGGGAUACUGCUGGUCAGGAAGAUUAUGAUCGUCUUCGACCAUUGUCAUAUCCUCAAACCGAUGUGUUUUUGGUCUGUUUCUCGCUUGUUAGUCCUCCAUCAUUUGAAAACAUCAGGACAAAGUGGUAUCCCGAGUUAAGUCAUCAUGCACCAUCUACUGCAUGUAUCCUUGUUGGGACCAAACUCGAUCUACGCGAAGAUCGCCAAACAGUUGAAAAGCUUCGUGAACGUCGUCAGUCACCUAUUUCGUAUACUCAAGGUACGCAAAUGAUGAAAGAGAUUGGAGCAUUAAAGUACCUCGAGUGUUCAGCACUUACUCAAAAAGGACUCAAAAGCAUUUUUGACGAAGCCAUUCGUGCUGUUUUGACUCCACUUGUAAUCAAGAAAAAGAAGGCAUGUUCUAUUCUCUAG